AUGGUAACUCUGUCACAGAAGUCACAACGUUACAAAGUAUGUAAAGUACCUAAUAUGAUGCCAGGCACCUCAGUGCUCAACCUAGUGACCGGAUUAAUCCAUAAACCCCAACCCCUAGAGAGCCGAGAGCGACAAAAGUCAUCAGACAUUCUGGAGGAAUUAAUUGUUCAAGGAAUAAUACAAAGCCACAGCAAAGUAUUUGGAAAUGGAGAAUCCUAUGAUGUCAUGGUAAACACGACGCCGCUGAGAAAGCUGCCAGCCAGGCUGAAAAAGCUUAAGCUCAAAAAGGAAGCAAAAGCAUUCACAAUGAACGACCUGGAAGAGAAGAUGCAGGCGGUGGAGAGGCGCAGGAAGACUAAAGAAGAAGACAUAAGGAAAAGGCUGAGGAGCCACCGACUUUUGGCCAAUCAUCCGGAUGCAGCGGAACCGGUUGGGGCUGAGGUUCCCUCUGCCAAAGGACUCGACACUGUGACCUCUGCCGAGUUUGAGCCCGCGCACCUGCAGGGAGCAAAGCCUCUGAAGAGGAAGAAGAACAAUGCAACCUCUAAUGAAAAAAACUUCAGUUACGAAGGACUUGGGGUGGUGGAGUCAGACUGGUCCUACAACCAAGCGGAUGAUGCAUUUGAAUAAAGCCACCUCACCCGAA